AUGGAGGGUGAGCCCUCGUGGGUCGGUCACCCAGCCGGUCACACAGCAGGGGGCCGUGGAUUUCAGGCUUUGGGGCUAUUCUCCGCAAGCGGUGAGGAUGUCCAUGGCGUUAAAUCUGCAGCAUCCCUCGACGCCCUGCCCGACGAUCUCCUGGAGAAAAUCCUCGCCUUCCUCCCUAUUCCGAGCAUAUUCCGAGCAGGAUGCGUCUGCAGGAGAUGGAACGAGGUCGUGAGCUCGAAGAGGUUCCUCUGGAACCUGACCAUUAAUCAGUCCCAAAAGCCCUGGUACUUCAUGUUCACCUGCAACGACGCCGCAUCCGGCUACGCUUAUGAUCCCGUCCUCCGGAAGUGGUACGGGGGGCUGGAUCUCCCCUGCAUCGAGGCCAGUAACUGGUUUGUUUCUUCCUCUCGUGGGUUAGUCUGCUUCAUGGACAACGACAGCAGCAGCCGCCUUUUUGUCUGCAACCCCAUCACCCGGCACUGGAAGCGGCUCAAUGACCCCCCCGGCGGGAAGUUCUCCGACUACAGUGCCCUCUCGAUAUACGUCGACGGGGCCUCCCGCGGGUACACCAUCUGCGUUGUGAAGUGCAGGCAGGUCCCCGGGGAUUUCCUUCGGUGGGACUUGUCCAUCCAUGUCUACGAUUCGGGGAGCAGGAACUGGGCCACCCCCGCGAGGGAGAUGAUGACGGGGUGGCGAGGAGGGGACGAGAGCGUGAUCUGCGGCGGAGUUCUCUACUGCCUGAUUUACUGCACCGGCGUGGUGGGCAACGCGGAGGCCAGGCACAGCGUCAUCAUGUACAAUCUAUUGGCGAGACCCCCCCAAGGCUCCUCCUUGCUGAGGUCCUCGGUGCCGGCGCCCUGUUCUCUCACCUGCGGGCGUCUGAUGAAUCUCAGGGAGAGGUUGGUGAUGGUGGGGGGAAUCGGCAAGCAGGACCGCCCCGACAUCAUUAAGGGGAUCGGCAUCUGGGAGCUCGACAAGCGGGAGUGGCGGGAAGUCUCUCGGAUGCCCCACCGGCUCUUCCAGGGUUUCGGCGAGUUCGACGACGUCUUCGCCAGCAGCGGGACCGGCGAUCUGAUCUACAUCCAGAGCUACGGCGCCCCAGCGCUGCUUGUCUUCGAUAUGAAUCAGAGACAGUGGAGGUGGUCGGUGAAGUGCCCUGUCGCGAAAAGGUUUCCCCUUCAGCUCUUCUCCGGCUUCUCCUUCGAGCCCAGGCUCGAGGUUUCCCCCUGA